AUGAGGGUGGGUCUAGAUGCCCAGGAGAGGGUGGGUCAAGAUGCCCAGGAGACGGUGGGUCUAGAUGCCAAGGAGAGGGUGGGUUUAGAUACCCAGGAGAGGGUGGGUCCAGAUGCCCAGGAGUGGGUGGGUCAAGAUGCCAAGGAGAGGGUGGAUCCAGAUGCCCAGGAGAGGGUGGGUCUAGAUGCUAAGGAGAGGGUGGGUCUAGAUGCCCAGGAGAGAGUGGGUCUAGAUGCCAAUGAGAGGGUGGGUCUAGAUGCCCAGGAGAGGGUGGGUCUAGAUGCCAAUGAGAGGGUGGGUCUAGAUGCCCAGGAGAGGGUGGGUCUAGAUACCCAGGAGAGGGUGGGUCUAGAUGCCAAUGAGAGGGUGGGUCUAGAUGCCCAGGAGAGGGUGGGUCUAGAUACCCAGGAGAGGGCGUGUCUAGAUACCCAGGAGACGGUGGGUCUAGAUGCCAAGGAGAGGGUGGGACUAGAUGCCAAGGACAGGGUGGGUCUAGAUACCCAGGAGAGGGUGGGUCAAGAUACCCAGGAGAGGGUGGGUUUAGAUACCAAGGAGAGGGUUGGACUAGAUGCCAAGGAGAGGGUGGGUCUAGAUACCCAGGAAAGGGUGGGUCUAGAUUCCCAGGAGAGGGUGGGUUUAGAUACCCAGGAGACGGUGGGUCUAGAUGCCAAGGAGAGUGUGGGUCCAGAUGCCAAGGAGAGUGUGGGUCUAGAUGCCAAGGAGAGGGUGGGUCUAGAUGCCAAGGAGAGGGUGGGUCUAGAUGCCUAG